AUGACGGCGUUGAGAUCCUGGACCAUCGCCAGCGCAGCCAGGCACCAGUCGCAGAUACCGGCUUUUGCUGUCAGUGUGGAGAGAUGCACCGCACACAACGUCGAGGUCGUCGACUCGUGUGAAGGUGCUUGGGCAUGCGACGGGCUCGGACGGCGCCAUCGCCUACUUCACAGGGCCGAGGAUCAUGCCCUCUUCAAUAACAACCACGGAUCUGCAAAUCGCAAAGAGGAAGGUGAGAAGGGCCACUGCAGCCGCCGUGCUAGUGCUACGGCCACGAGGCAUCCCUUCGGUGCCGGCGACGCGCCCACGGUGACAAAACAACGAAAGGCACAACAGCUGGCGACGGCGGCGAGGCUGGUGUCGCUCUUCUCCCGUGCACGGGCACUCACGCGAGUGGGCCACCAAGGAGCACGGCCGGAGGUGGCGCUCACAUGCCGAACUGCAGCAGGAGGUCCGCCUGGUACUAGAUCCGGCAGCGGGCGGCCACCGGCCAGGCCGCCACGCGCGGAUCUGCCCCCGCCGGUGAUCUGCACCACCGCCGGCCAUGGCGCCCAGCAGUCAACGAGAUUUGGGAUGGACGCUGCCACCGGAUGA